GCAAUUCGCGAUCACGGAGUUGGUUCGGGUGGGACCCGCAACAUUUCUGGAAAUACCUUACUCCAUGAAUCUGUGGAAGCUGAAGUGGCUGAUCUUCAUAGUAAGCCUGCAGGUCUCGUAUUCACUAGCUGCUAUGUGGCUAAUGAGGCGACCCUGCAUACAUUGGGAACUAGAGUGCCAGGAAUGGUUAUAUUUUCAGAUGCCGGAAAUCAUGCCUCUAUGAUUCAUGGAAUCCGUACUAGUCGAGCGCCCAAAGUAAUCUAUAGACAUAAUGAUGUGGACCAACUUUCGGAGCUCAUUUCUCGCCUGCCGCGUAAUUCCCCGAAAUUACUUGCAUUUGAGACUGUCCAUUCAAUGACUGGUAAGACUUUCCAAAUACUUCUAAUUGUUUCUUCACAACACACCUUGCUUAAUUUGUUAGUAUUAUAUAAUCGAAAUGUUGACUAA